AUGGCGCGUGGUACUCGAUUUCUACCGUUAAAGACGGUCAAGGAUUCGAACGCAGUUGUCAAACUGCGACAAUCGUGGAGCAAAUACAAUCUCUACAAUUUCAGCCGAAUAACCGCCAACACUCUAAGGGGUCGAAAUUUCUUCCAGACCAAAUGGAAAACGAAGUCUCUAACGAGAGAUUACCACGGAUACCAGGUGCGGGAGAGAAUAUGGGAGCGGAUGUUCUCUCGGCGGCUGCGGUCUGUCAUUCCCAUGAGUCCGGAAUACCUGGCAGUCAAUGAUGGGAGCAACGAGUCUGCUGGUCGCGGUUCCGGUGUGGUUCAAAGCGCAAAAGCAACGACUAAAAAGCUUCCCAUUCCAUACAUGCAAAUGACAUACGCUCCGUUGGAAAGGAGGUUGGACACAGCCGUAUUUCGGGCAAUGUUCGCAAGCAGUAUCAGGCAGGCAAGACAAUUCGUGAUUCACGGUUCGGUCAAGGUCAACGGCAAGAGAAUGCAAUAUCCCGGAUAUCUCCUCAACCCUGGCGACAUGUUCCAAGUUGUACCGGAUCGAGUAAUGUAUGCGGCAGGCCAACCCAAAGUCAAUAUUGCCGUCAGAAAAGCGCAAGCGCAAGUAGAAGCCGAAAAUGCGGAGGAAGACGCUGCACAGGCUGAAGAGGAGCCACCAGUAAUCGAGGCCGCAGCCGAAGAAGACGUCGACGACGUCCGCGACCCACGAGACGUACUGAAAGAAUUACAGUCACAAGCCAAGACCAUCCUUGCCUCCCCGAGGGAGAACAUCGGGGCGAAGAGAAAGCAGGAUCUAAGAGCGUUCACCAAAUCCAUCCGCAGAUUACUAUCGCGGUCGAAAUCCGACACGAUCCACACAGACAGCUUGGAAGCACAAUUCGCCGAGAUCCAGAACCAGCUGCAGAUCCGGAGAGACAACAAAGCAGCAGCCACCACCACCAGCGCCGCCGCCGAGUCCUCGGCAGCAACGAGCAGCCCAAGUACAGGCGAAUCGAUAUCAACCACCACCACGACAGACGCCAAAGCACAAGCGGUAACGGGCAGCAUCCUGAGCGACAGCGAAUACAGUGAGCUGUUCGCGGCACUACAGUCGAUGCAGGAGAACCCGGUGGACGAGGCGAAGCCGUACGCGACACCUUGGAUGCCGCGGGACUAUAUGAGCGCGUUCGCAUUCAUCCCGCGGUAUCUGGAGGUCAACCACAACAUCUGCGCCGCUGUGUACAUCCGACAUCCUGUCGCGAGACCCGGUCUCGCCGAGGUGCCCACCCCUUACAACGAGUUCACCAACAGCAGCGCCUUUACCUGGUAUUUACGGAGGAGGUGA